UGCGGCCCUUGUUUAAACUCACUCACUCACUACUUAUCAUAGAGAGACAACUAAAAAUGGCUUGGUUAAUAUUUAAAGAUGCAAGCAUUCCAGUAACUGAGGAGCAACUAGAGAAAGUUCUGAAGAGAUAUGACGAGAAUAAAGAUGGAAAGCUGAGUAAGCAAGAGCUAAAAACAGCUUUUAAAGAGAUGGGCUUACGCUUUUGUGGAUGGAAAGCUAGCAGAGCCUUCCAUCAUGCAGACAUCAAUGGAGAUGGAUACAUCAGCAAAGAUGAGAUGAAGGAGCUUGUCAAAUAUUCCUCUAAUAAAUGGGGUAUUACGACCUAUUAAUUAGUAAUUUACUACUCUAACUAUAUAUAUACUUAGUUUACCCCUCUACUGUAAAUAUUUUUAUGUAUUCGUCUUUUCCUUCUUCGCUAGCAGUUUCUUGUGUUUUCUAGUCUAGAGUAAGUAAACUGAAGACCCUUGUAACUUUUUGAGGAAAGGGUUUAGUGUGUUUGAUCCGUACUAUGUAACUCUAAAAGGGUACGUGAUCUGUGUUCCGUAUUUUGUAAGCAUGUACGUUGGUCGCUGAGAAAUGCGUAUAUAAUAUAGUUAUA